AUGUAUAGUACUCUUUGACACAUUUAAUUGAGAGGCCACUGCCCUCAUAUUUUUUUUUGCAUAAAGGAACAUUUGUAAGCUUCUGAAAAUCUAAAUCCAAUUUCUUUCUACCAACGCACCCUUUCAUUUGUGUGUCAACAUCAACGGGUAAUCCUUGCAUUUGUUCUCUAGCUCUUGCCCACAGUAGGUAAAUGGUCUUAUAACAUGUCUUGUACUCUUGUACAAGUGCUGGAAUUACCCCCUCUGAAGUUGUUCAUAGAAGUAGAUAAUAAUACAUCAACAAUGCGCUUUCUUACCGCGUUUGACAACCUUGGCUUGGUAUUGGUAUUCGUUUGCAGCUGGUUUUCUUCUUCUUGUGCAGGUGAUGAGUUGUGCCCUGCCCUGUGCACAGAGGUUGAAGCAAGGAGAGCAGCUUCAUUUGCAGCUACUUGCCGUUCAGCACCAGGAUCAGAAUUGGCCGGAGCAAGACGUCCAUUGAAGAAGACUGAAGGGCUGGAGAAAUUGCAGCAAGAGUUUUAGUCUCAAGACCUCCUACUUUUGAGGGUAAUUGAUAAAGAUCAAAUAGGAGAAAAAGGUGCAUUGAAGAGAGGAUUGAAAUUGCAGAGAUGUGCUAUUAAUGGAAGGAGUAAAUGUUGUUAUUUAUAGCAAGGAGUUGAAGGCUAGGAAAUGAAAUUUUAGGGGGAAAUGAAAUUUUUGGAUUUUA